CGAAGUGUCAAUUAUGGGAAACAUGUCGUUGUAGAUGUAUCUCCUGUUUUCUUUUUGCUGCGAUCUUCUCAAACAAUGGCACGAGUGAUAAAUGUGUUACGGACUUGUGGGAUAUUAUUUUGCAUCGUGUUCCAAGUUCAGGUCGCGGAAAAUGUGUCAGUCGAGCCAUGGAUAGUGUCUUUAGAAAUUAAAGAAAAGUCGUGCUUAGAUGUAAAGUGUAAAUAUUUAUUAUUGGUGCGCGGUAGUGAUUUUUUAGGUCAUAAUUCCUGGAGCUUAACCCCUACCGAAGGCUCCAGGGGUGAUAAAUGUGAUGUGAUAUAUCCUAAUUAUGAGUUACACGAAGUUGAAACCUCGCAGUUAUUUACGAAACUCGAAUUAUUUGUGCCGAAUACAAGCGAUAAAAUAUAUUUCUGUUCGCGGUAUACACAGCAGAAAAAUUCUCCCUUCGGUGGAAAACGGAUCCACCAAGGUGGAGAUUUAUUUUUGGAGCCACACAGAGAUUAUGUUUUGAAAACGAUCACACUCAACAAAGCUUCAGAAUCUGAAGAUAACAAUGUAAGGAAUCACAGUAGCCUUGUAGAGACGAACACGCAGUGGGCAGAUCUGUCUCACGACACGGACGUCAACUACCUGCCCAAAGUCCACCGACCAACUAGAGAAGAGUUGAACGAUAUCGAACUGUUAGUCGAUAACAAAUAUAUACCUCUAAACGAAUUAGAUUUACAAAACAUAGACACAAAGUUAUCUAAUAAUAUUAAAUUUAAGCUACUUAAGGAAAAGAUACUUAAAGAAAUUCAUGAAAGUACAAAGGGUAGUUCGAAUUUCGAUUUUACAAUUUUUAACCCGAAAGUAGAUUUAAACGUUAUCGAUAGAAGAAAGCGGGAGAUCAUUAAAGAUGCGAAUUACGAGAGCAAACUAUCUAAGGACGGCGUCGGCCAGGAGCCUCGCAUCGAGGAUUUGAUCCAGAACGAUGAAGUGUACAGGGACGAUGAUCAGAUUGUAAACCCGCAAGUCUCAGAUUUCUCCGUGGUCAGAUCUACGCCGAUACCGAUCAGUCUAGAUGGGAUCAGAAUAGAAGACUCGGAUAAGGAACCGGCGAUCGUUGAUGGUAUACCCAGUGUCUUGGCUCACACUAGAGUCACGCUCAGGCUUUUUGGGCAAGGAAUCACUCCGAGGACGGUGAUCGCUUUUACUAAUGACCCCCUAAACUACGGACAGCCAUGCAAGUUUCUUUUGAAAGGGGAGUAUACGGUAGUUCCUGAGUCAUUGACGACUAGCUCAGCGUUGUUCGAAAUAGUAGCACCGCCGCCAAUCGUUGGAUCUAAAUUAUACGUAUGUGCCAAAAAUCUAAAGUUCGGCGUGGCGGACCCCACGAAGGACGAGGAGAAAUAUAUUCACCAAGGAACGGAAUCCUUCAAGACCAUCGCCACCCACACGAAGCUGCUGCCGCUCUGGGCGACGUUGAUAUUGAUAUGCACUUGCCUGACGUUCUCAGCGUUAUUUUCUGGGUUGAAUCUCGGUCUGAUGUCCCUGGAUAGGACAGAGUUGAAGAUAAUUUCCAACACGGGAACAGAGCAGGAGAGGAAGUAUGCGAGAGCGAUAAUGCCAGUACGAGACCAUGGAAACUAUUUGCUGUGCAGUAUUCUCCUGGGCAACGUGGCCGUCAACUCUACUUUUACUAUAUUAUUGGAUGAUUUAACGUCGGGAUUGUUCGCUGUGAUUUUCUCGACGCUCGCCAUCGUGUUGUUGGGUGAGAUCACACCGCAGGCGAUAUGUUCGAGACACGGGCUCAUGAUAGGGGCGAGGAGUAUUGUGAUAACCAAGGCGGUGAUGGCGCUGACCGCUCCCCUCGCGUUUCCGGUGAGCAAGCUGCUCGACUACUUUCUCGGAGAGGAGAUAGGCAAUGUAUACAACCGCGAGCGCCUCAAGGAGCUCGUUAAGGUAACCACCGGCGUGAACGACCUGGACAAGGACGAGGUGAACAUCAUCUCGGGCGCGCUGGAGCUCCGCAAGAAGACGGUGUCCAGCGUCAUGACCAAGCUGGAGGACGUGUUCAUGCUGCCCAUCACAUCCAUACUCGACUUCGAGACCAUGUCCGAGAUCAUCAAGUCAGGUUACUCCCGUAUCCCGGUGUUCGAGACGGAGCGGACCAACAUCGUGACGGUGCUGUUCAUCAAGGACCUGGCGUUCGUGGACCCCGACGACAACACGCCGCUGCGCACGCUCUGCCAGUACUACCAGAACCCCUGCAACUUCGUCUUCGAGGACGUCACUCUUGAUGUCAUGUUCAGGCAGUUUAAAGAGGGGCACAAGGGUCACAUGGCGUUCGUGCACCGCAUCAACAGUGAGGGUGAGGGUGAUCCCUUUUACGAGACCGUGGGGCUGGUGACGCUGGAGGACGUCAUCGAGGAGAUGAUCCAGGCGGAGAUCGUGGACGAGACGGACGUGUUUGUGGACAACCGCACGAAGCGUCGUCGCAACCGGCCGCAGCACAAGCUGCAGGACUUCGCGGCGUUCGCGGAGCGCCACGAGAACCAGCGCAUACACAUCUCGCCGCAGCUCACGCUCGCCACAUUCCAGUUCCUCAGCACCAGUGUGGACGCGUUCAAGCCGGACUCGGUGUCGGAGACGGUGCUGCGGCGGCUGCUGAAGCAGGACGUCAUACAGUUCAUCAAGCUGAAGGGCAAGACCAAGCGCGAGCCAUCUACGUACGUGUACCAGCAGGGGAAGGCGAUCGACUACUUCGUGCUGGUGCUGGAAGGUCGCGUGGAGGUGACGGUGGGGCGGGAGAACCUGGUGUUCGAGGCGGGGCCGUUCACGUACUUCGGCGUGCAGGCGCUCACGCAGAACGUGGGAGUGGCGGAGUCGCCGACGCCGUCAGCCAUGGGCUCGCUGCAGAACCUCAACAUGGACUCGAUGCUGCGUCACACCUUCGUGCCCGACUACUCUGUGCGCGCCAUCACCGAUCUCUACUAUCUCACUGUCAAGAGGUCUCUAUACUUGGCGGCAAAGCGGGCUACUCUCAUGGAGAAGGGAGCGCUGUCGAAGGGAGCUACCAACGAGCAGUUCGACACGGAAGUUGAUAAGUUGCUGCAGUCGGUGGACGAAGACAUCAGCAUCAGCGGCGAACACAAAACUCCCUCCAGACAGGUGUCCCCGAACCCGCCAGUGUCGGCGUCGCCGCUGACGCGCGCCUCGUUCUCGCGCACCUCGCCCGAGCGGAACGGCGACGUGUUCGCCCGCGCCGACGAGCAGGAGAAGCUGCUCAAACACUAGUCUGAGCGGGUGAAGCUAAAAACCAAGUGAGGCUAACACUAGCCUGAGCGGGUGAAGUGAAAAGACCAAGUGAGGCUGAAAUUAGCCUGUGUGGGUGAAGCUAAAAGUAGAUCUUUGUAGAGUAAGCACUAACCAAAGCAGGUGAAGCUGAAGAGCUAAACAUCUUUAAGUGAGGCUGAAAAUUGUAGUGAGGCUAACAAUAGCCUCGAAACGCUAAAAGUCAUAGUGAGGCUAACACGAGCCUAGCUAUUGAAGCUGAAAGGAUUAACAUCUUAUAUUAAGGCUACCAUAGUGCACAAGCAGGUGAAGCUAAAAUGUUAAACAUCUUAAAGUGCGGCUAACUUUAGAGUCGGUGGUUGGAAGCUAUGAGGCUUAACUAAGGCCAACAUCGUCCUUGGCGGGUAAGACUAACUAAAAACCGUUGAUAGCUUGUCCGAUCCAGAGCCCGUACCACGAAACCGUUUCGAGACUCAAACAAUCGAACGAGAAUGC